GUUCACUUCAACCAGUCAGGAAAGCAAGCAGGAAAAGAAUCCUGGUGGGGGUAUUUGAAACACCAUGUGGAAUUUUCUGUGGAAAAUGCUUUCUUUCCCUGUUUUUUUCAGGAUUGUUCAUCUUCAUGGUCUGGUGGGACAGGAAGAUGUUUAUAAACCCUCACCACCAACAAUUCACAAAUCCCCAGCACCACAGUCCAGUUCAGAUGGUCAAAUCAUUGCCAUUACUUGCAAAGGCAACAUUCACUCCAAUGAAGGCACUUACUACCUGUACAACAGUCGUCAUCAAAACUAUACACAGUUGCUUCACCUAACUGGAGAUGAAAAGACUGCGACGUUCAUAAUCAAGAUGGGAACUGACUUCAUUGGAAAUUACAGCUGCAAUUAUAAAACAAAGGUUUUAGGAAAUUGGGUAUAUUCUCCAUUCAGUAAAUACAUUUCUAUUACUCAAGAAGAUGAGUGGCGACGCAAAGCAGAACAAGAUGCUCAAAAGAAGUUAUGCCUAUAUGUUGACGUGACAUGUGGUGCUUUGCUUAUCGUUUUAAUCAUUGUGACGCUAACAUCUUUCUUCAUCGUCAACAAAGCAGCGCAAAGCAAAAGACAUAAUAUUGAGAGAAAGAGCAUCACAGCCGAUGGAAUUACAAGCUUGGAAGAACAUGAUGCAACAUAUAUAAACGUCGCUUUCCAAGCAGAAUGAAAGUGCUGUCGAAUGCAAGUUGCCAGUAGAAACAUGAAUCAGUAUGAAUUCUCAGAGUCUAAUCACAUUGUAUUCCUCUGAGAAUGACUGACUAAAUAUGGAUUAAAAAUAAAGAACAAGUAAAAUUCACGCCACACAAACGUCAUGCAAUGACCAUCGCGAAUAAGAGAGAAUCAAACCAUUGCUCCUUAACAUUCAAUGGUGUCACCAUCACUGAAACACCCUCACUAUCAAAAUUCUGGAGUGUGCCAUUGACCAGAAACUUAACUGAACUCUCCACAUGAGCAAAGUGGCUGCAAGUGCAGGUAAGAGGCUGGGAACACUGUGGCGAGUAACUCACCUCCUGACUCCCUAAAGCCUGUCAAUCAUCGACAAGGCACGAGUCAGGAGAGUGAUGGACUACUCCCUAUUUGCCUGGAUGUGUGUAGCUCCAACAACACUCAAGAAGCUUGACUGCUCACAGGACAAAGCAUCCCGCUUGAUUGGCACUACAUCCACAAAUAUCCACUCCCUCUACAUCUGAAACUCAGUUGGAGCAGUGAGUACAAAAUACAGAAGUGUAGAUGCAGUUGCAGAAAUUCACCAAAGAUCUUCAGACAGCACCUUCCAAACCCACAACCAGUUCCAUUUUGAAGGACAAGGGCAACAGAUACAUGGAAACACAAUCAUCUUCAAGUUCUCCUCUUAGCCACUCGCCGUCCUGACUUGGAAAUAUAUCAGCCAUUCUUUCAGUGUUGCUGGGUCAAAAUCCUGGAAUUCAAUCCCUCAGGGCAUUGUGAGUCAACCAACAGCCAUGGACUGCAGAGAUUCAAGAAGGCAGCUCGCCACCACCUUCUUAAGUGGCAAUUAAGAGCAGGCAAUAAAUGCCAUGCACAGCCAGCCAGACUCAUGUCCAACAUAAGAAUGAAAUUAAAACAAAAAACAGGAGUAGGCUAUUCAGUCCAUUGAGUCUAUUUCACUAUUCAAUGAGAUCAUGGCUGACCUUUGGCCUGACUCCACACACCUACCUUUGGCCCCUAACCCCUUAAUAUCUGCGCUUAACAAAAAAGUGUCUAUCUCGGAUUUAAAAAUAACAACUCAUCCUGCAUCCAUUGCUAUUUGUGGGAGAGAGUUCUAAACCCCUCCUCUCCUUUGUUUUUAGAAGAGCUUCCUAACAUCUGUUCUAAACAUCUGGCCCUAAUUAGAUUAGAUUCCCUACCAUGUGGAAACAGGCCCUUCGGCCCAACAAGUCCACAUUCCCCCUUGAAGCAUCCCACCCAGACCCAGAUCCAUCCCCCCUGUAACCCACACACCCCUGAACACUACAGGCAAUUUAGCAUGGCUGAUCCACCUAGCCUGCACAUCUUUGGACUGCAGGAGGAAACCAGAGCAAACCCACACAGACAGUUGCCCAAGGCUGGAAUCGAACCCAGGGCCCUGGUGCUGUGAGGCUGCAGUACUAAUCACUGAGCUACCGUGCCGUUCUAUAAUCCCCAACCAGUGGAUAUAGUUUAUUUUUAUCUCCCCUGUUUUUCCCUGUUAAUUUCUUGAAGAUUUCAAUCAGAUCAUUCCUUGACUUUCUAAAUUCUAGGAAAAACAAAGACAUCCACCAAAGAAGCAAGAAGCCAAUUAGGUUGGACAUACCGAAAAUGACCAGAAUAAGAAGCUAAAACAUUCACGUUCAGGAGGCCCUGUGAAUAUGGGUAUUAACUUCUGUGGAUGUGCCUGGAGUUUUUGAGAAUUUUCUAGAGGAUUGUGGCAAAACUUAUGGUUCAUCUCUUGGGGAGUAUAUAAAUUUGACAUACCUUAUAUGUUCAAUACUCAGGGGAUUAGGAAUUGAACCUGAAUGUAUAGUAUACGCAGAAAUGAAGUAUAUGGGUCUGU